UCCCGACGGCCCGCGCACUCUGUCUCUCUCUCCCUCUCCCUCUUACAGUGGUGAAGCGAAGCGUGAAGACUACGAGAAAAGCUGACGCCGAGACUUCCAUAUAGAUUUCAAACCUCACAGCUCUCUCUCUCUUACGAGCGUAGUAUAGGCUUUCAGAAGCAGCAGACAUGGCGGACAGGAGUGGAUAUGAAAUCGAAAGAGGUAUAAACGUAGAAUUACCGGUAUUCCCUCACACCAUUCCUUCUGGGGAGCAAACCGUCUGGGCCGACGUUUCACCUCUUCUCCAGCUUGCUUGUAAAGAUGUGGUCACAGAUCUUGGGGAUGGAGAACUCGUACAUGGAGAAAAUUUUAAUCUUUUUGCUGCCAUGUCAGCAUUAGAGAUAAUGGAUCCAAAGAUGGAUUCUGGUAUGGUUCGUUCAUAUUACUCUGUUGAUGAAGCAAUUGAGUGUGGUGCUGCUCCUCUUCCUCUGAGUGUUGACAAAACUAUUGAUGUUCAAUGCACUAUUGACAUUAUGGAUCAUCUUCUUGCUUGUGAGGCAACAUGGCAUAAAGGUCACGCACUAGCACAAACUGUCUUUUCUUGCAUCUAUCUUUUAAGGCCUGAUAGAACAUCAUCAUUUCCAGUCUUACAUUCUUACUGCCAAGUCAUGCGUGCUACUUGCAGUGCAGUUGUUUUGACAGUCUCAGAGGCACGAACAAAUGAAGAAGAAGAUCUAUUCACUAUGGCGCAUGGCUUGCCAUUAAAAGUGGACGGCGAUGACAAAUGCCUAACAAUGCUGCAUGCAGUAGAGGAAAUGGUUUCUCGCCAAUUACGGGCUUGCAAAGCUCCAUCAGUUAAGAAGAGGGUUUUAGAAGAUAUAGAGCCAUUACAAGCUGUCCUUGAUCUGGAAGAAGGAUUCUGUAAAGCUUUAUUAUGCCGCUUACGCUUUCGUAAGCACUUCUACCAUGUUUUGACAAAUAUGAAGAGACCUCAAGGCAGAGGCUUUGAAUUGGCAAAGAAACAUAUUGCUUCUUGCUUACAAGAGAUAGAUUCCAUGCUUAAAAUGGAAGGAUUCCUGAGUUUGAACAAUGCAUAUGAGAUGCCUGAAGAUGCAAUAGAAGAUAAAACAACUGCCUCUGGCUGUGCACCUAUUGGAUUUGAUUCUACUUUAAACAGUAGGUUAUCAGCUCCAGCUCCACCUCGUGCAAUUAAGAUUCUAAGCUGGAAAAAGGCAAUUGAUUACUUCAGAAAGCUUCUUAAUGAGCUAGAUGCUAUAUGCUCCCACAAUUUGGAUCCUGUGUUUGAAGGUGUUUUGCACUUUAUAGUCGAGUUUCAAAAGUUGCAACCUGAAUUAGUUGCUAGAGCUCAUCUCCAGCAUUUGCUAAUUCAAGAUGGGAAACUCUAUGGACGUGAUCCUCUAUUUGCUGUGAUCUGUAAAGCAGCUUUAUUACCUACAACUGCUAAGGACCAUGAUAUCCAAAAGAAUGAAACUUUCUCCCAACUUGGGCAGUUAUUGAUCACUUUGCUAAGGGUUCUUUGUACAAAUCUUGCAUGGCAAAGACGUAAACUUGGGAAAAUCCUACAAGAUUGGCGUAUCAUAUAUGUACAGCUAGAACUUGCUUUCAGAAAGGAGUUUGGAGAAACUUCUAGUAAUUUAUCGGAUGAGAAUAUUUGCAUGAGGAUAUUCAAGUACAUUCUUGUGUGGAUUGAGGAGCAAACAUACUGGAUAGCUUCCCGUUUCCUUGUAUUGGGUUUUGAUCUGGAAUUAUAUUCUACUAGUGAGUAUUGUAUGGUGUAUUGGUACAUAUAUGUGAUCCUAACCAAGCUUGCGGAAAAAACACACUUCAGAUUGAUGGCAAGCAAUGAAAAUGUAAAGCGGAAAGGGAAGAAGAAGAAAGAUUUGAUGAAGGAUGGGGCAAAAGAUUACCCGCUUCCACCAGUUGUGUUAUUUCUCCAGUGCCAGAUAUAUAUAGCUGAAGGUCUUACAAUGAUGCUUGCAGCUUUGAGGAAUGAACAGAAGAUCUAUCAGAAUGUGGGACCUUUCAACACUGAGCAUGAGAGAUUUAUGCAGCACUUUGAGCUCCUACAGAAAGCCUGCCUUCCUAAUCAUGUAUCUUAUUUUUCCUUCAAGGAAGCAACUGCUCAUGCUCGCAUAUCUACGGUAUCCAUGUAUAACUUCUUCAAGGACGCUCAAAGAAUCUCAAAAGAGCUAAGGAGCAGUUUUUCUAAUGAUCCUGUCAAAAUGGCUGAACUUCGAAGCAUAGAACAGGUGGCAGAACACAAUGGUGUUGCUCUGAAUCUUAUCAGCCGGUUAGGUACCCUUGACUCAUCGCUCAAGAUUUACUUUGAAUUCAGCCACCAUCCUUACUUUGCUACUGCUAUUGUGAAGAGAUCUUGAUAAAAAUUUUGCCAUAGGUUCCUUUCUCUAAUCCCCUUGAAAAAAGGGUAUUAGAGGGAGAAUUUUUUUUUUUUCCCAUUAGCUGCUGUAACAGUAGGGCCCUCUUUUAUUUUACUUUAUUUUUAAAUGUUAAAUUCCCCCUUUCCCCAAUCUGUUUCCUUCUUUUGAUCAUUAGAGUGAUGUGAUAUGUUAUCUGCAAUCAGAAAGAAUAUCCUCACUGAUAAUGUGCAACUUAGAAUUUGCGGGAUAAUGUAUCAUAGAUUGAGUACAUACAAUGGUUUCGUAAAAGAAUUAAUUAAUAGAAGAGUCUUCUUUCUGUCC